AUAUUGAAAUUCUAAUUGUUGUUUUUACUAUAUUUAUUUACAUGGAAAAUAAUUUUAUUAUUUUGUAUUUAUAUCUUUUUAUAGUAUAUAAUGUAGCGGGUAUUUAAUUAAUAAGCUCUAUGAUAUGCUUUAGAAAGUUCUAAAAGUAAAGAAAAAAAUUGUGCAAAAUAACCAAAUUGUCCUCAUGCCUUAAGUGAGAUGAAAGAUAUUGCCCAUGUCCUUCAAACUUUUCCUACCCUCACUUUGUUUUUAAUAUUGCCUUGAAGUCCCUUGAUGUCACUGUGAUUCACUUUUCUAAAAAUCAAUUAUUCCUUUGUGAUUCCUCCAUGCAUUGGCUGAUUAAUGCGAAUCCGAAAAGCAUUACUUUAGCUGAGAGCAAAAAGCAGGUUGUAAACUAACUACUGCAAGUAUGGUUUCGGUGGAGUGGAUGGAUACUUAGGUUUGAGAUCCUAAGUAGGUUGGUAUAGGUUUAGUAUCCUUAACAACUUAAUUCUUUUAACCAUUGUCAAGAAAUUUGGUCGCGUUUUCCUCUUGAUAGCAUUCAUGUCAAGUAUUUCCCAUUCUGUAGUGCUUCCUCAUUCAUUCCUGGAUAAUUCGCUUUCUUUGCAUGUAUUUAGGUUUUUCCUUGACGGUAACAGGAUUAUGGCUUUGCUUGAACAUGACCCAUGACCAUUUAUAUAGCAAUUACUGGUGCAUUGGAAAAUUGAUGUCUCUGCCUAUGGACUUUCAAAGUUGCUCUAAUGCCAAACAUCUGCUUCGUAUGGGAGCAAUUAUAUUACUUAUGUUGUUCUGCAUCGGAGGCCUAAACUGGGGCAUGAAAAGCAUUUCUGUGAAAAUUGCAUGUACUGAAGCUAUCUGGGGCAUGAAAAACAGACAUUCUGACAUACCAUUUAAUACUUACGAGCUCAUGGUAUUUGGCAUUUAUAUGCUACAAUUUGUUUAUUUAAGUGAUGAAUCAGAGUUUUUCGUUGCCAUCUCAAUCAAUGAUCUAGCCUUUGGCACUGGAAACAGAACAAACCAAAUUAGAAAAUGGAUUUGUUUUUCAUCGGCAAGUGCUGGGAGAAUUUGUACCGGUGUUUUCUUUAGAUAUUACUGACCUUUUGCCCUUAGGUUUGUAUCCUACUUAUUUGGGGAAGCAUCCACAAUGUGUCAUUGCGUAAGUUGUAUGGGGCUGGUCUUACUAUUUGAUGACAACAAUGAGCGGAUGAAUAGAUUAUGGUCUUGGGAGUAAAAUGCACACAAUUAUAAUUGAUAGAAUUUAUGUGGUUAAUUUAGAAUUCUAACAGGAUUUUUCAUCUAUUGUUGAUACAUUUCACCCUCUGUUUUUUCAUUUAUCUGAGCUUGUGCUAGGAUAACAACACAACCCAUCUUUUGACUGUCACACUAUCCUAGCUCCAUUGGUAGCCGAUCUUUCAGCCUCACUUAACAGAUUACAUUGGUGUAUUUUUGUCUCGCUCUUCGGUUUCGAUCUCAGACAGGUAGAGUGAGCUUUUCUUUUGCUAAUGAUUUAAGGUAUGGAUUCCAUAUGGAAAACAGCAUUUUUUGGCAUCAUUCCUUGGCUGUUGU